AGCUACAAUCCGCUCAUUUUAUCGGUGGAGAAACUACUUCUGACUCCUAGCUCUGGGUCCGGCCACCGCCCGGAGUUGGAGACGGCUGAACGCCUAAGGGGCCAGGUUUGGGCCCUGGGUCUAGGCGAAUGCUCUCACCUCUUCCUCCUUUCCCCACUCCCUGCCGCGACAACCUCAGGAAUCUCUCGCAUCUCCUCCCUGCAGCACCGGGUCAGUGGUUUAAUAGUCCGGGCCAGCCUGCGGCUGAGAGGGCCUGAACCUAACCCCACUGUAUACCUGGGGAGUUUGAGACCCAGUGGGAGGGAGCAGCGUGGCCGGAGGAGACCCAGCGCGCGGACGGACCAGGGCUAGACGCUUGGGCUUUUGGUCGCUGUAUCCUGAUAGGUGUCCGCGUCUUUGUGAUAGGUUGAGAUGGCUGAGCAUCUGGGCAACCUCUCCUAGGCCACACCCCUGUGUCCAGCGAAGGGGACCGCAGAAUUCGCGCCUGCGCAGAGCCUUCCGGCGGCUGCGUUGCGGCUGACCCCGCCCCCUUUGCCCAGGUUGCCAUGGAGACUGUGCAGUUUACCUCGCUCUUCCACAAGAGUCCGGAGCUCUAGUUGGGGUUAGGAGGCUCCUAUCCUGAGUUGGUGUAGUUGUUCUUCGUGACACUGAAGACUUUGGAAACUUCAAAUGGCCAAACUACUACAACCUCCACCCAAGUUCCUGCCUUCAGAGUGGCACAUUGCUAACAAGAACCAGUACCACAGAGCGGAGGCCGAAAGGUCCCGGUCUGAACGCCUGGUGGCAGAAAGCCAGAGGCUAGUGGAUGAAAUUGAAAAGACCACAAGAAAGUCUCAAAGUGAUGUGAACAAGAAACUAGCUAGCUUCGGCUUCAUUUUCCAGGGUCUCCCAGAAACUGUAGGUGCCACCUGGGCAUUCCAGAGGGAGAAACUUUCACCUUCUCCCUUCAGGCUGAACCGCUCUGCAAAGUACAAUCUUGAGAAGGACGUGAAGGACAAGUUUGUGGCCCUGACCAUCGAUGAUAUCUGUUUCUCACUCAAUAACAACUCACCAAACAUCAGAUAUUCUGAGAACGCCGUGAGGGUUGAACCAAACUCUGUGAGUCUGGAAGACUGGUUAGACUUCUCCAGUACCAAUGUGGAGAAGGCUGACAAGCAGAGGAACAACUCCCUGACACUGAAGGCCCUGGUAGACCGAAUCCUAUCCCAGACGGCCAACGACCUGCGCAAGCAAUGUGACGCGGUGGACACAGCAUUCAAGAAUGGGCUGAAGGAGACCAAGGAUGCCAGGGACAAGCUGGCUGUUCAUCUGGCCAAGGUCAUGGAAGAGAUUGCUUCCCAGGAGAAAAAUGUUACAGUUCUUGAAAAAGCCAUCCUUGACCAAGAAGGUCCUGCCAAGGUGGCUCAUACACGCCUGGAGACCAGGACAUGUCGGCCUAACGUGGAGCUGUGUCGCGAUGUGGCACAGUAUAGGCUGAUUAAGGAGGUUCAUGAGAUCACCCACAACGUUGCAAGAUUAAAGGAAACAUUGGCCCAGGCUCAGGUGGAGCUGAAAGGGCUGAAUCGCAGACAACUGGCCCUGCAGGAGGAGAUCCAGGUCAAAGAGAACACCAUCUACAUCGAUGAGGUGCUGUGCAUGAACAUGAGGAAGUCCAUCCCGCUGCGGGAUGGGGAUGACCACAGGGAGUGGGCGGGGGGCCUCCGCCCCGACGCCGUCUGCUAAAAGCAGGGAUCGUUCAGAUUCGCAUUAAACAGUGUCAUAAAACAGUAGUAUGGAAGGACUCUCAUUCCAGGAAGGCAGCACUUCCAGUCAGCCUGCCUCAACCAAGACAUUUUAGGUCGGAUUCAUUUCAGUUCAGUAGUUGGGCUGGACCCCAUAUUCCACGAGAGGUGGAUGUAAACAUUGCUCUUGGCUCUCCGCAUUUCUUUUCCCCUGAAAACAAUGUGACUGCUGAUUUAGACCCAGGCUGGCCCACAGGAAGCCUCUUCAGGUCUUACAGAGCGUAGGUGAAGGGAGCGGCCCCUGGUCAGGAGGCCCCUACGCCUUCCCCAACACCUGUAGGUGUCUCUCUGGGCCUCUUUCUUCUGGGAGAAAUGGCGAAGACAGGAUAAGGCCAAAGGGCCCGCCAGCUCUUAGAAAGUCAAUCUAGUGGUGGGGCUUGAGGGAUACGUGGGCCAGGUUGCUGUUGUCUGGGGUCAUGGGGAACCAGGGGAACUACAUGGCAGUUGUGGGGUGGGUGGCCCUGGCCGGAGGAGCUCUGAUGGAAGCAAGUGUUCAAUAAAUACAAGCUGUUUUUAAUUGUCCCCA